GGACCUUGGAUCCUUUUUUUUUGGUCGAGAAGAAGAUUCGCAGCGCGAGAGAACUUUUCUGAGCAAACGCUUUUCGUUUUACCCAUCUGUACUUAGCCUCGCGAGCUGCACUUUUCGGUUACGGGUGAACCAGACGGAUUUAACCUGUCUCUUUUUACGCAUGCUCACGAAACUUGCACCUCUGUAACAAAAAAGACACCAAAGAAAACGCAACUUUUAGUUGCAAACCGACUGACUUAAAACGGGAAAAUGACUCAGUUUAACAAGGGACCCGUUUACGGACUGACGGCAGAGUUAAGAAACAAGAUUGCUCUGAAGUAUGACGUCCAGAAGGAGGAGGAGCUGAGGUUCUGGAUAGAGGAGGUGACCGGGAUGCCCAUCGGAGACAGCUUCCAGAGAGGCCUGAGGGACGGAGUCAUCCUCUGCGAGCUGAUAAACAAACUGCAGCCUGGCUCUGUCAAGAAGAUACAUCACACCCAGCUCAACUGGCACAAGCUGGAGAACCUGGGGAACUUCAUCAGGUCCAUCAUCAGGUUCGGGGUGAAACCUCAUGACAUCUUCGAGGCCAACGACCUGUUUGAGAGCGGCAACAUGACCCAGGUCCAGAGCACACUACUGGCCCUGGCCAGCAUGGAUAAGACCAGGGGUUCAGGCAGCAGUAUAGACAUCGGGGUGAAGUACUCCGACAAGAGGACAUGCCACUUUGACGAGGACAAGCUCAAGUCUGGACAGUGUGUCAUCGGACUUCAGAUGGGGACCAACCAGUGUGCGAGCCAGUCGGGUAUGACAGCGUACGGGACGAGGAGACACCUGUACGACCCCAGAUCCCAGACAGACAAGCCCUACGACCAGACCACUAUCUCCCUCCAGAUGGGCACCAACAAGGGGGCCAGCCAGGCAGGUAUGUCGGCCCCAGGGACCCGGCGAGGCGUGUUUGACCACAAGACGGCUCUGCAGCCGCUGGACAGCUCCACCAUCUCCCUCCAGAUGGGCACCAACAAGCUGGCGUCCCAGAGCGGGAUGAGCGUGUACGGGCUGGGCAGGCAGGUCUACGACCCCAAGUACUGCCCCUCCUCCUCCCCCUCCUCCCCCGCCUCCCCCACCGCCGCCUCCCCCUCCCCCACCACCGGUUACCGCGGCAACGGCAGCCUGGGCACGCCGGCCACCAACGGCUCGGAGGUCAGCGACAGCGAAUACCAGGCGGAGCUUCGCUGUCACCACGGCAACGGCCCCGAGGAGGAGGAGGAAGAUGAGGAGGAGGAGGAGGAGGAAGGGGGGUACAAGAAUCACCAACAGUACAGGGGGCUCUAUGGAGAGGAGAGGCACUACUAGACUGACCCCACGCCCCCCUCUGGCCCCCCUACCCCCCAUCACCACCCUGCCCCAACCUCCCCUAACCAGUCCCAGCUACAUACCCCCCCCCACCCCCAGGGUGUGAAAGAGGCUGUGUCCAGGUGCUGUGUGUCCACCUGGACGUGCAGUUUGUAGUGAAGUAGAGUUGGCUUCUCUCCACUGUAUAUAACGUGGUUGUGAGAAUGUUGAUGUUGUUUGCAGAGCAAGACCUUUAAUCUCCUUGCUACUCUUUUAUAAGCACGUUUGACUUGUUUUAAUCUUGUACUUCUCUUCUGCUCUUGAACUAGAGGGUCAGUAUUUUGCUACCAGGGUGGUAUUGUAUAUAAUGUGCCAUCUUAUCAGCUUUUUGCUUCGUAUGAACUCCUACAUUCCAGAUUUGUUAAGAUUCAUCCACAUUCCAGAACUCUGAAAGAUCUCACUUUCUAGAACUGAAAUAUCACUGACAUUCUAGGACUGAUAGAAAUCACUGGCAUUCCAGAACUCUGAGAAGCGUUCUAGAACUCUGAAAGUCAUUCUAGAACUUUGAGAGGCAUUCUAGACCUUGUUAGACCACCUGCCGUCCAGCCAUUCUCUUAUAUUACCUUAUCUUAUCCUGACCACCUGACAGCAGGAAGCGCCUAUCUGGUGUGUGUGUGUGUCUGCGAUGUCGAGGACAGUCUGGUGUGUGUGUUGUUGUUUUAGUGUCUGAUGGGUUUCUGACUGAGUGUGACCUGACCGUUCCUCUGGGACCCAGACCUCCUCCUUAUCACCUGGUAGACACUACAUCCACUGGCUGAUGGGUUUAGAUCAAUAAACAUUUAUUUCCU